AUGGCGACAACGACAGGUCAGGGCUGGUCCCAGCUGAGGCAACAGGCGCGAUCGUUGGAAUUACAGACCGAGGCAUCGCUUCAAACAUACUCGCAGUUCUCGACGCAAACCGCCAUCCCCCCGAAGCCAACAGAAGAAGAGAAGAAGGCUGAGGCCAAGGUCCAGGAGCUACUCGAUAAGCGCGAAACAGUGAUCGCACAGCUAGGCCGACUGCUCGACUCAGAAGCGACACUGACGUCGUCGGCGCUCAAGCAAAACAACCUCGCGCUGCUGCGCGACAAGCUGUCGGACCAGCGGCGCGACCUGUCGCGGCUGCGGGGCACGCUGCAGGAGGCGCGGGACCGGGCGAACCUGCUGGGCAGCGUGCGGGACGACAUCUCGGCGUACCGGGCGGCGAACCCGGCGGCGGCGGAGGCCGAGUACAUGCUCGGGGAGCGGGCGCGGCUGGACCGCAGCCACGACGUGGCCGACAACGUGCUGAUCCAGGCGUACGAGGUCCAGAACAGCUUCGCCCUCCAGCGCGAGACCAUCGCCAGCAUCAACCGCCGCAUCACCCUCGCCGCCAGCCAGGUGCCCGGCAUCAACACCCUGAUCGGCCGCAUCUCGGCCAAGAAGAGGCGGGACGGCAUCAUCAUGGGGGGGUUUAUCGCCGUGUGCUUUUUGUUGUUUUGGUUCUUUAUGUGA